UCAGACACGUCACGUCUUAAACCAACGAAGAAGAAGAAGCGGCAGCGGAGCCGGUUAGCAGCUGGCUAACGUGCAGCCACAGUUAACGUGAUGUCUACAGCCUCUAAGGUGGUCCUCGCGCUCUCUGUGGUUCUGACUGUAGGCACCGUGGCCGGAGUUCACCUCAAACAGGCCUGGGACAGAGAGCGUCUCCACGAGGGCGUAGUCCGCGAUCUGGAGCGGUGGGAGAGGAAGAAGGAGAAUCUGAGGAGGCUGGAGGAGCAGAAGAUUCUGACCAGACACCUGAAGGAGGAGAGACAACGCAGAGAGGCAGAGCUCCGCCCAGAGGACAGCCACUGA